GGUAGGGAAAUCACAGCUCCUCACGAGUUUGUUUUCAGCGAGUAGGAAUAGCAACGGAGCCAUUUGGUCUAUUCACGUUGAUUUGAAUUUAUACUCCAGGUUCUUUAAUGAAAUACAACAAAAGCAAGAAACACACACCCAAACCUUAUUAGACUUACUCAAGUCAAGACAACACUCUCAGUUUAACACUCAGUUUGAGGAAGACCUCCUUUACAAUACACUUCUGAAUAAAACCAAAAUUCAACUUGUCCUAUUUUUUGACGGAUUUGAUGAAAUAAGCCCCAAUUAUAAGACAGUUGUCCUCAAUUAUUUACAGUCUUUCAAGGAUCUUCCAUGCAUUCGCAAGGUGUUUGUGAGUACUCGUCCAAAUUGUGUUGAAUGCCUUGAAGACAAUUUGAACGUGUUACAUCACAAAUUAUGUGAUUUGCAACCCCAGGAACAAGAAGAAAUGUUUAAUCAAUACAUGAAGAUCGAAAACAUCACAAUGGAAGCAGGUACAUUAACUAGACUCAUAAAAGGACAAAGUGACUUCCACGUCUAUCCUCUUCAUAUAAAAAUGCUGGCUGAAGUGAUUAGUGAAGUUGUCAAACGAGGCGAAUUAAUACCUGAUACCUUGAAUAUUAUCACGUUAUAUGAGAAAUAUAUCAAACUAAAGUUCCUCAUAUUCCGAGGAGAGAAAAUGAAUCAAGAUCUAACCAAUGUUUCCGUCACUGUCGACAUGGAGGAUAUCUACCCGUACUAUUUAGAAGAGCACGAGAUUCUUGCACUGCAUACAUUCUUUAGCGAAGAAGAACUAAGACAGUUUUACGGAACCAAAUUAAAGGACGAGACAGUCAAAUAUAAACAAAUUUUAAAGAAAGUCCAAGCUGGGAAACAAAAAUAUGGAAUUGUUUUCGUGAUAGACAGCAAUGAUGUCCAGUUUAUCCACCGCACUUUUACUGAAUAUUUCGUGGCGGGCUUUCUCGUUAAAGUACUAGUGAAGCCUGAAAGAGUUAAGAAAAAUGUGUCCGAAUUAUUUCUAAAUGAAAUGAUGGACAAAGAAAGAUUUAUCGAUACCUUGAACUUUGUUGAUAAAUGGAUGGAAUUAAAUUUGCACGGUGAAAUUUUUCAAAACGGAAUUUUCGACGAGUUGACAAGUUGGAAUCUGAAACCAGGAUCAGUUCUACGAGUCAUAAACAUUUGCCGAACCCGGCGUGCUAAUUCCUUCGGAAUUAGAAAAUAUCUUUUUUUUCUCUUGAUGUCUUGCUGCGAAUUCGUCACUUUUAAUUUGUUCCUUUCUUUAUCGAAAUCAGAUAUAGAAUUGCAACACAAAUUUAUCUACAUGUUACAAGCUGACCUCAAUUGGAGUACCAAAUUUUGGAUAUCAUUGCCCACUAUAACUGCUCGUUACUGCAGCGCGCUCGUUCAGACAGAUGACGAGUAUGCUACAUAUAACUGGAAAUCUUCGAGUUGUUGUACGUAUGAGAAGUUAUAUUAUCCAGAACUUAAAGAAGCCAUAUCAAAGUGGGAGAGUGAUUGUUUGGAGCCUCCAGCAUAUAUGCAAGAAGAUGCGCUCCACUUUGCAGUUGAAAAGGGGAACAUGAACCUUUGCAAAAUACUGUGCAAGAAAAUCUUUUUGUUACUCAAUCACGUGACCAAAAAUGGCGAUGCAGUUUUACAUCGGUCUUGUAAGUUUCGACAUCGCAAAAUGCUGAUGUUCCUCAUUGAUGCUAUGCAGAUGAAUAACAGUUUCGACGCUUCCAAAAUUAUCACCGCCCGAAACAGAAACGGUGAGACCCUAUUGCAUAUUGCAGCACAAACCAUGCCUGACGUAGUUUCUGAUUUACUAAAGCAUAAUAUAAGCGUUUUCGGCGUUGAUAUUUAUGGAAAGACUGCAUUUGACUACGCCUGCAUUUACUGUGAUGAGAAAACUAUACAAAUGCUAUCAGAGAAAGUGAUUGACAAUGUGGAGUCGAAUAUGCCACAAACACUGCUUGGUGUGAAAACUAUUUUGUACCAGGUCGCGCGAAGCUUUGAUGGAUCCGAACCCCAUAUGCAAGUAUUUUCUCAAUGCCAGAUGCAAAUGCAGUGUCUUCUUAGUGAUUGGCCACAUGAAAAUAGGUUGGCAGAAGUCAACAGUAGUGCGGAUUCACUGAACGUGAGCUACAUUCACCAAUUCGCUUCUAUUAUUCAGCAGCCAUUUGGCGUUCCUUUCUUCCGCUACAAUAGACGUGUAUCAAAAAGUGAUCCUACGUCAAAACAUCAUGCAGCAUGUGUGAGCAGUUUGGUGCUUUGGUUGCGAAUGCUAGACAACAAGAACAGAGACACAGUGUUACAUUGUGCUGCCUAUUCUGGAAAUGCGGCAUUAUGUGAAUGGGUCCUCCAGUUGCCUUACAUGGCCCGGAAUUCACCACGUCAAAUAUGCGUAAAUGUCGAAAAUGAAUGUGGUGAAACGCCUUUGCAUGCCGCCACACUAGGCAGUGUUGAGGUUUUAGAAACCCUACAAAAACACGGUGCGAACCUUAAUGCAAAAGACAACCUGGGGCAAAGCGUCUUGCACCAUGCCGCUUUUCAUGGACGGGAGGACAUGUGUGUGUGGCUAGUGAAGGCCAACGCUGACCCGUCAUGUCAAACGAAAUCUGGUGUGACUGUCCUGCACGCAGCUGCGCAGUCAGGCAAUUUAAAACUAGUUGAAUGGUUGGUAGAAAAAGUUCACCUGAGCAUUUUAGAAGUUGCGGAAAAGAGCCGUAGCAACAUCCUUCAUUUCGCUGCAGCCUCUGGUAACCGAGACCUGUGCGAAUGGCUUUUAACGCGCCUUCCGCAAACAAAUAAGUCUAUCAUUAACGACAGGAAUAAUGAUGGACUCACUCCUCUUCUAAAUGCCGCAAAAUAUGGUGACAUUAGUAUGCUGGAUUUAUUGAUGGAAAAUGGCGCCAAACUCUGUUUUGCGGAAACACCAGCGUUUUCAGGGGUAUUUCUUAGAAAUCCAAUUCUAUUGAAUUGGUUGUGGACACAAAUUAAAAACUCCUUUUGCUUUUUGGACGGCAUAGAUAGGGAAUCAGAACUUCUCAAGUUAAUUGAAGAACCAUGUAAUCACCAAUUUAACCGCUGGUUAUUAUCCGCAGCUCUGAAGAACGGUCCACACAAUAACCUAGUAGACUACAUUAAAUCACAUAGCCCAGUACUUAAUGGUACCCGCAAAUUUUUGAGGAUUUCAACUGAUAUCUCAAGUAGUUGGAUCAACGACCUCCCCAUAAGUGUACUUAUGCGGCAAUUGGCGAGCUAUAGUUUCGAAUUAUUCGAAAGAGCGAUCAGUACCAACGUUCUCACUGACUGCUGCGAUGAAAAUGGUCGUACCAUUGUACACCACGCCUGCCUGCAAGGCCGUUUGGAUAUCUACAAAUGGCUAACAGAAAAUCAUAUUUGCGCGUAUGUGCCGCCUGCCGAAAUGGAAGACGUUCCAUCAGUUCUACACGACGCAGCGACAUCAGGAAAUCUCGAACUCCUUCAAUAUGUGUAUGAUCAAACAAACGCGAAUUUGCUUGAAUGUACUGCGAAUGGGAAAAGCAUUUACCAUUGCGCUGCACAUUCUGGCAAUAUGAAUCUUCUGAAGUGGUGUCUAGAUAAGACAUGUAAUUCCUCCGAAGAACAACGAAAUGCUCUUCAAAAGACAGAUACACAAGGUCGUUCCCUUUUGCACUAUGCAGCUGCAGCUGGUAGAAUGGAAAUGAGUCGAUGGUUAUGCACCCUACAUUUUGAAGGCAAAGUAUCUUUAAAUUUCUGGGAUAGAGAUUCAUCGAGCAUCCUGCAAGAUGCGUCCAAAUCAGGAAACUUGCAGCUGUGCCAAUAUUUUGUGAAUCUUGGCUUUGAUCUUGCUGAUAGUAAUAUACAUGGUGAUACAGCUCCUAGUAUUGCUAUUAUAAAUGGUUAUCCCGCGCUUUAUGAAUGGUUUGCAAUGCAGGAAAACCACGACGCAACCAACUCAUCGAAUCCUCGUGAACUUAGUGUAAACAACACUCUGUGGAAGCCUUCUGCUAAUUUUCCGUAUUUUUUCUGCAUUCCAUGCAUAAUAGACGACAUUGAAAAUUGCAAGAGCAUGGCGGAAUCUACUUGUACACAUCAACCCCUUAAAGGUCGAAUAUCGCCAGAGAGAUUUAUUUUAAGUGACUGGUACUCACGGCGCUUGACAAUAACACCUGGCGAAAAUAAACUUUGGAAUGAAGACCCGCGCAUUACCAUGGACGAAAUUUAUGAACAAUUUGUAUUACCGUUUGUUGAAGAUGAAAUGAAAAUAUGUCAGUUUCUAUUAUGUAAAUAUUCAUCAUCAAAAUCCAUUCUACAGAAGCAUUUAAAGUUUCUCAUUAACGAAACUGAAGACAAUUUCGAGUUUCGUCAGCAUAUUCUUGACAAGCUUGAUGAGAGUUAUAUAGCUUUCGCAGAAAACACUGGGAUGAGCGGCACUUCUUUGUUAAUAACCCAAACUAAAGAAGGCGGCAUUAUUCUACUCAGAGAGAGUAUUGAUCCUUAUCGUUCGCUUAAUGCUCCCAAAAAAGAGAAUUAUGGCUUUGGAAGUACCCUUGAGCUAUGUAAUUCGUUAAUGCGAAGGGGCUUGUGGACCGGAGACGGAAAUAGUGAGUCCACUAUUCACUUGGCGGCAGCCCGUAAUUACUUGAAUAUUUGUAAACUGCUAUUAUAUUCCAUCUCUUCAACUGACGAAUUUAAAGCGAGGCCUUCGAUACAACUAGUCACUGCAACCAAGCAAGCUUCUGAGUUGCUCAAGCUACUAAACUUAUACGCUAGCCGAUAUUGCCAAAGUAGCGCAAGUCAAGCAUGAUGAAUAGGAAAUUCCCAAAGUGUGAGAAACAAUAAGCCUCCCGGUUUGACGCCAAAUCAAUGCCGCAGAUGCGUUCCAUAACAACCAACAAUCUGUUUGUAACAGAAAAGCUACA